AGGAAAUAUUCAAUCUGGGUCACUCACUCCUGUGAGCUGUCUCCUCACUCCAGAACUGCAAAAGGAAGCAAUCGCCAAAAUGAAGACUGCUUUAAUUUUGCUCAGCAUUUUGGGAAUGGCCUGUGCUUUCUCACAGAUGAAAAAUUUGCAUCGAAGAGCCAAAGUAGAGGAUUCUGAAGAAAAUGGGGUCUUUAAGUACAGGCCACGAUAUUACCUUUAUAAGAAUACCUACUUUUAUCCUCCUUUAAAACGAUUUCCAGUUCAAAGCAGUAGUGACUCAUCUGAAGAAAACGGAGAUGGUGACAGCUCAGAAGAGGAGGAGGAAGAGGAGGCUUCAAAUGAAGAAGAAAACAAUGAAGAGAAUGCAAAUUCUGAUGAAAAUGAAGAUGAAGAAUCUGAAGCUGAGAACACCACCCUUUCUGCUACCCCUGGCUAUGGAGAGAUCACACCUGGAACAGGGAACAUAGGUCUAGCUGCAAUCCAACUUCCCAAGAAGGCUGGGGAUACAAAAAAGUCUACAAAAAAGGAGGAAAGUGAUGAAGAAGAAGAAGAAGAGGAAGAGGAAGAAAAUGAAGAAAAUGAAGCAGAAGUGGAUGAAAACGAACAAGGCAUAAACAGCACCAGCACCAACAGCACAGAGGUAGAAAAUGGCAAUGGCAGCAGUGAUGGAAACAACGGAGAAGAAGAAGGUGAAGAGGAAAGUGUCACUGAAAUCAAUGCAGAAGGAGCCACAGUGGCUGGAAGGCAGGACAAUGGUGGUUCUGAGACAACAACCUCUCCAAAUGGUGGGUUUCAACCCACAACCCCACCACCAGAGCUCUACGGGACCACCCGACCAUCUGCGGAAUCCACCACCACUAGAUAUGAGGAAGAGUAUGAACAGACAGGCACCCAUGAAUAUAACAACGAAUAUGAAGUCUACGAAAAUGAGAAUGGAGAACCUCGUGGCGAUAAUUACCGAGCCUACGAGGAUGAGUACAGCUACUAUAAAGGGCGCAGCUACGACAGCUAUGAUGGGCAAGAUUACUACUACCACCAGUGAAGGCCCCGCUUUGGAUGAAUUCAUCCAUUCUGGCAUUUUGUGUGGCUACCAUUUUCAAAGUUCAACUCAGGAAGGUGCAAUAUAACAAAUGUGCAUAUUAUAAUGUGGAAUGGUGCUACUGUUCCCAAGUAAUUUUCUGUAAUUGCUUCUGCAAGUCAUGGGCUUCUUGUUGCUUUUCCCUGGUAUGUUGUUGAAAGGUUUUCUAAACCAGGGCCAUUUAUCAAGUGGUAAACCAAUCCAAGAGAUUGAGUUCAAUUAAAUGUUUUGAGGUUGUAGUUCUAAAAAUAUUUUUUAACAUGUUUGCACUAGUAUUAACUGCUAAAACAUACUCUUCAUGCAAGAAGUGCUUCUAUGUAUUGGCAUUAGUGAUACUAUAAACAAAAUAUAGGUAGCCCUUUAACUUCCUAUCCAACACUAUAUAUUAUGUUUAAUUAUCAUCUUCAUGUAUUUUUAUGUGACCUUUAUGUAUAUUCUACCUAUGGGUUUUAUCACAAAUAAAAACGCAAUCUUCCAUAUCUUAUAAUUAAGGGGAAAAUGAGAGAUUCAGAACUGAAAAAUGUGAGACUAGUGGGGAACAACUGAGCUAAAGGAUAAAAGCUUAUUUCUACUAUGGUUUAAAACUCAGAAGAACUAGAAAUAUUCUAUCAUGGCUAAACCAACAUAACUAAGAUUCUGACAUGCUUGUGAGCAUGGUCAGCCAUAUACAUCAGGAGAAGAAAUGGCUUUUAUUAGAGUUGCCAGAUUUAACAAAAAUAUAGGAUGCUUAGUUAAAUAUAAAUUUCAGAUAAAGAAUGAAAAACUCCAUUGUAUAAGUAUGCUCUAUACAUGAUUUGGCCUCUGUGAACUAUUUGGGUCAUAUUUAUACUAAAUAAAUCAUUCAUUAUUUAUCUAAUUCAAAUUUAAUGGAAUAUCCUAUUUUGUAUCUGGCAACCCUACUCAUUUGAUUUAGGUUUUAGGUGGGGUAGAGUGGAUGAGGGAGAAAACUCUUACACAUCCACACACAUGCAUACAUCCAUACGUAUGCACACAUCCACACACAUCAAAGAGGGCUGAUAUGCAAAGCCUUCACUGCAAUUUACACUUUAAACCUGACAGCAAAUUUCAAAUGGGUGUGCUGAAGAAAAGAUUGAUAGUGGUAAGGAAUAAGAAUGCAAACAUUUAUUCAUCUUUUUAUUCACUUAUAAGAUGGACUAAACACCUAGAAUUGGACCAGAUAAUGUUUAGACAUCGGGCAUAUGGAAAUGAAGAAUCCAGUCCUCAAAGUGAUUUUAGUUUAAUAGCUAACAGUUAUGAGGCAUUACAUGCAUCAACUAAUUGUCUCCUAACUCUUUAGUUUUA